GCGGCGGAGGCGGCAGCAACAACAACAACAUUGCAGGGAUAAAUAAGCAGCGAUCCGGCAGCGGGAGACGCGCCUCUGCGGCUCGGCGUGGCAACGAUGCUGAGCCGCGGCCGCCGGUAGCCAUGGCAAGCCGCGAAUCUAGGCGGUUAGCUGGAGUGCCGGCUCCUAGUCCGCGGCCGCGCGGGUUCGCCGGCCUCUCGCUGCCUGGCUAGAGCGGCUGCCCGAGGGAGGUGGGUGGGCGGCUCUCAUCCCCUCAGCUCCGGCUCCAGGCACAUAGCCCCCGGCAUCCCCCCCCAAUUCAUCUCCUUCUCCUGGUCGACUGGCUCCGGAAGAUGGCGACCGGCGUGGGCUGGCAGCAGCAGCACUGCAGCGGUGGGCCGGCAGCUGGCAAGGUGGGCUCGGCCCCCGAGUACACCCAGGAGCUGCACAUCAAGAUGAGCAAGAAGAUCGCGCAGCUGACCAAGGUGAUAUAUGCUUUAAAUACUAAAAAUGAUGAACACGAGGCUGCUAUCCAGGCACUCAAGGAGGCCCAUGAGGAGGAAAUACAACAAAUCUUUGAUGAAACAAAGGAGAAAAUUCUUCACUACAAAAGUAAAAUCAAUGAGGAAGUAGAACUGCGGAAGAAAAUCCAGUCUUUGGAAGAAUCUCUGGAACAACAUGAGCAGAUGAAACAACAAGCACUUGCAGAAUUUGAGGCCUAUAAACAACAGGUUGAAGAUGCACGUCUUGUUUUAGAAACUCAUCAAAUGCAAGGUGUUAUGAUUAUGUCUAGAAAUAUUCAAGAAAUUAAGGAUAAUUUUGAAGAUAAACUGCAACAGUUUGUACGGUUAGAAUCUCAAUUUGGUCUGGAUAAACAAGAAACUCUGGAAGAAUUGCGUGCAGCUCACAGACUAGAAAUCCAGAAUCUUAUAAAGUCUCAUCAAAGUCAACAGGAAACUUCAGAUAAGCAACAGGAAAAAUUGCAACAAAUGCUCAAAGCUGAACUGGUUUCUAUGAAGAAUAAAAAUGAAGAACUUGUACUUGAAAAGCAGAAUAUGGUGGAAGAAUUUGAAGCUAAAUUGAGCAAAACUCAGGCCUUUUAUGAACACGAAAUUGAAGCUUUAAGAAAAUCUCAGCAGGCAUCAGAAAGUGCACUAUGUAAACAGAGGGAGUCUCAGUUGAAGAUGGAGUUUCAUAGCCGUGAAACUGCUUUAAAAACAGCACUUGACAAGCUUCAGACAGAAUUGCAAAUUGCUCAGGAGGAUGGCAAUCAAAUGAGGAGCAAAUGUGAACAGCUUCAUGGUGCAUUAAUCAAAGCAGAAAGCCAUAUACAAAUGCUUCAGGAACAACUGAAAGACGACCAACAGAAUGCUAAUGAUACUCUUAUAAAACAAAAGCAGUUAGAAAAUGAACUCGUUGCUUGUAACGAUCGUAUUCAACAGCAAUCUACAGAAUUGCUACUUAAAUCAAGUCACAUUGGAACACUUCAAGCCACACAGAUGACUAAAGAAGCUACAAUCCAAGAACUGGAGUUACAGCACUGUAGAUUAAUGGAGAAGUUAUCUAAUCUUGAAGAGGAAAGGAAUACCUUGCGAAACAGCAAGCAGACCUUGGAUGAGCAACAGAGGCAACAACUAAUGGCCAUUGAGAAGUCCUUAAAUGAAGAAAAAGAAAUGCAAAGGCAAUAUUAUGAACAGGAGAUAACAAACCUGCACCACAAGCUUGAAGAGGAAACUAGAUUUCUAAAGGAAACCUUCAGGAAAAGUAUGGAGGAGUUAUCUGAAAAACAUCAAUCUGCAUUAGAAUCUGUUCAAGGCACAAGUGAAAGAGAAAAGAAAAAGUUGCAACUGGAAAUAGAUCAAAGUCUUGAAAAAGAUCGACUGCGAAUGGAAGAAGAGAAGAAUCGGUAUCAGCAACAAAUGGAAAACUUGCAGAACGAGUUGACUGCUAAACUAAACACAGCCAAUCAAGAGGUGUGUCGUUUACAAGAGCUUGUGAAAAAGAGUGAGCAUGGCUUAGGAUCAGCAGAAGAGCAUAUAUCCAGCUUGAAGGAUGUACAGGAAAAACUACAAAAAGAAUUGGAUUAUUCUAGGGCCAAACUGAGGGAGACAAGUGAUUCCCUUUCUUCUAUGCAGGGAGAAAUGGAACAACAGAGACAGAGCUAUGAGGCACGACUAACUGCAGCUAAAGAAGAAGAGAAAGUCAAAUUAGAAAGAUUGGAAAAGGAUCUGGAACAAAAGUGGAAAAUAGUUGUGAGGGAGCAAUAUGAAAAAUUAUGUGUAAAGUUAGAAAGACAACACGCAGAUGAGAAACGGUCUGCAUUGGCUCACCUCUCACAUCAAAAGGACCAGGAAAUCAGUGCAGAGAAGGAAGGCUGCCAGAAAAAGGUAGAAGAUCUUUUGAAUCAGCGGCACUUUCUAGGUGAAGCAUUACAAAAAUCUAUCAGUAAUAUCUCCUUAUUGAAGCAAAAUUUGGAAAUGCAGCUAUCCCAGUCUCAAGAUUCCUUGCAAAAACUUCAAUGCCAAUUCAAUCAUGAGAGACAGCGACUCAUAAAGCAAAUGCAAGAAAUGGAAGAAGAUCAUAAACAUCAACAGGCAUCUUUAGAGGAUGCUCACCAGAAUGCUUUAAGAGCUUUGAGUGAGUCUAAGGACCAAGAUUACAAGAAAUUGGAAGAGUCUUUAAUCAGUCAGCAUAUGGAGGAAAUACAGGCCCAAAAGGAUAGUCAGAGAAUGACUUUGGAGGCUUUGCAAAAGGAGGCAGAACAACAUCUGCAGGAAUUGAGGACAGAGUUGGAAGAAGAAAGGAAAACAUUACUUGCUGCGUCUUGUGCAGAUCUCAACUACAAGCAUUCUGUAGCAAUGGAACAACUGAAACAAAAUCACCAGCAGGAAAUGGCAACUGCAAGAAUGGAAUUAGAACGUGCUAUUGAGCUGCGCAGACAAGAGAAGAAGGAGCUACUGAGCAGAAUAUCGGAUUUGCAAGAAGAAGUACGCCACCGUGAGCAACGUGUAAAGGAAAUGGACGAGGAGAAUCGAACUAUGCAUGAAAACUUAAACACCUUGACCAAAGAGCUUGAGUAUAAAGGAAAUGAAGUUCUUAAAGUACGAAGUGAAGUCAACCAGAAAAUUAGGAUUUAUGAACAGGAGAUGAUAAAGAAACAGGAGAAGAAGAUAAAUGAAAUGACUGCAGCCCAUAUUCGAGAAACACAGUGCAUGCUAGCAGACUUCAACAAGGCUCAGGAAUUCCUGAAAGAUAAAAUUUCUACUCUGGAAAUCUUAUUGGAAGAGGCUGACGAAAAAUACAACAACAGAGAAUCAAGAGCAGAAGAUUUACAGCUGAUCAGUGAGUUAAAGGAAAUGAUUACAGAACGGGAUCAGCUGAUGAAAAAACUAGUGGAUGACAAGAAAUUUUACCAACUGGAAUUGGUGAACAGAGAAACGAAUUUCAACAAGGUUUUUAAUGCCAGCCCUACAGUAGGAGUGAUCAAUCCCUUAGCCAAGCAGAAAAAGAAGAAUGAUAAAAUUGCCAGUCAUUUUGUUAGUGUCCCAAACCUUAGUGCUGUGGAGUCUGGAGGAAUGGGAAAUGGGCAACAUCACCAUAAUCGUUUGGAGCCAAUUCCGAAUUCACCUGUUCAUGAUAUUGAGUUCAAUAGCAACAAACCUCUACCCCAGCCAGUACCUCCAAAAGAGGUAAAAAGAUUUCUGAGCCCUUCACACAUGGAAACCACAACAGACACAGAGCCUUCAUCAGAUCCACAGCAUGAAGAAUGGUUUGCAAGAUAUUUUACUUUCUAAAAGUAGCCAACCUCCUAUGGAUCUUAAACAUGUUAUUCUGCAGUAGGAGCAUGAAGCUACACAGACCCAUUUGCAACACAUUUGAAUAUAGUUAUUGUCAUAAAGUAUUCUGAAGAAAACAAGCAUUUUAAGGAGUAAGGAGUUUUGUUUAUUUUCCCAGGCUGUUUGAAUUGCCACCCAAGAUUUUAAAAAUAUUUAAUGUUACCAGCAGCACAAGAUUGUUUAAAUAUAUUUUAUCAUUUUAAUGAAAUACUCCUAAUUCCUUGCAAUGCUCCCAAGUUGUAGGGCAGAACAAAUGGAUGUUCUCCUAUAUGUGCCACAAAACUCUGGCUGACGAAUUGCCUCAUAUAACUUCCCUUAUAAUUAUCCCUUGCCAACUUUGGAAGAGAAAGAGAGAAAGGACUAGGUUCUGCUUGCUAUCUCAUCAAGUUACUCAUAUAAUUUCAUGUACAAAUAUGCAAUAUAUUGGUAUAUAAUGUAGAUGUGAAAUUAAUUUGUAUUUUACCUCAGGACGUCUCACUGUUUGGAAGUUUAUAUUGAUCGCUAAAUAAACUUAUGUUCCUGUAACAUGAGCUUUACUUGUUUUGUUCAGGACUAUGCUUAAUUGCAGGAUCUGUUCAUGAGUCAGCUAACAGCACUGCUUGACAUUAGGAUUUAAGCUUAUUCAACUUCUCUAAGGACAAAUGUAAUUCAGUACUCAACUUCAAACAGAAUUAUGUAAAUAUAGAAUUAAAGAAAUUUAAAUGCUAUAUUGUCAGAGGUGGGUAAGUGAUCAUUUGGGAUCUGCAGGCUGAAUAAAGAAGUAAAAAUAAAUGCAUGUUGUUUCCUUUUCAUGUAUGUUUAAAUACAGCAUGUAACUAGUUUGUGAUCAAUCCUGAAAACUAGUGUAUGAAAGAGGUUAAAUGCCACCAUUUUCUGGUUACCAUUUCAGUAGAAAUACUUUAAAUCUGCUGGAAAUCAUCGUGCUCUACACAAAGAAUAUUAGAAGUUUGUACAACUGCUGAAACCUAAGCAUAAUUUUGAACUCUAGUGAGGACAGAAAGCAAAUGAGCAUAAUAUCGCUAACUCUACAAACAUUAUAGGAGUAUAAUUCUGCCUGGUAGAAUAUUUAUAUAUAUUGUACAAAAAUUAUGUACAGAGCAUAGACAGAAAAAAUGGCACCACAAUCUUGCAAGCCGGUAGUCUUCAUUAAAAAUCUGUGCCAUCCUGCAAGUUCAUUCUUUAUAAUUGAAGGUGCUCUGUGCCUGUUGUUUGGGAGACAAGUUGACAGUCCUUCAUUUGCAGCAGCUUGAAACUAUGCAGACAUUAAUGCCCCAAUCAGUUAAUUUAUUUGGCAUGGUGAAUUUUCUUCUCGAGUUCCUCAAGUGUCAUUUUGGUAUUGGCAGUAUAACAUCAUUAACUAUCAGAUUAAGCUGUCCUUUCCAGAAAAAAAUGAAUAAUAUGAAUGAAAAAUGAUACCAUUUAAGUUUUACUAAUGUGUAUGUGUCAAAAAUAACUGGAGAGAGGCUAUUAUUUCAUUUGUAUGAUAACAACAGGGAAUUAGCAAACCUAGAAGAAUAAGCCUAAAGGAGAAUUAAAUGAAAAUCAUAAUUAUAGAACAUCAAACAUUACUUCACAGUACAGGUCCUUCAGCCCAUGAUGUUGUGUCAACCUUUUAACCUAGUCUAAGACCAAUCUAACCCUUCCCUCUCACAUAGCCAUCCAUUUUUCUAACAUCCAUGUGCCUAUUUAAGAGUCUCGUAAAUGUCCCUAAUAUAUCUGCCCCUACCACUACCCUUGACAGCGCAUUCUGUGUACCGUCACUCUGUGUAAAAUGCUUACUUCCGUUAUCCUCCCCAAACUUUCAUUGAAUCAUCUUGAAAAUAUGCCCCUCAUAUUAGCCAUUUCUACACUGGGAAUAAGUCUCUGGUUGUCCACUCGAUCUAUGUCUCUUAUCAUCUAGCACACCUCUAUCAAGUCACUUCUCACCCUACUAUGCUCCAAAGAGAAAAGCCCUAGCUCAUUCAACCAAUUAAAGUGGAUAAACGAUGGAGCAUUGAUUACAAUAUAACUUCCAGAUGCUUUUGUAGGUGAUACGGUAAAUUUAGUAUUUUAAAAAUUGUUGGAUUUUGAUCCUGCAAAACUGAAUAUGCCUAUGAUUCUGUUCUCCGUUAUGUAUAUUUUUAUAGGGGUAGAAUGAUUAUGGAA